UUCCAGCCAGGAUGUUGUUGUAUUACCCAUCUCAUACAGAGUAACGUUGCUGUGUUUGAGAAAUACAUUCUAGACAUGUUUAUUUUUAUUUAGAUUCUAGUUUCUUUUGUAUUUUUCCUUUUGGAAAUAAAAAAAGAAAAAAAAACAACAUAAAAUAAAGUUUUCCGGAAUUUAUAUUCAUUGAGGAUCCAGGUAUAACACUAUGAAGAACAUACGGUUUUUACUGUUGUUGUGUCUGGUCGUGACAGUCGUCGUGGCCAAAGACCAGUCCCCAAGAAUCUACUCACUCCAUAUCAGAACUGACAUACAGUUCCGGUUUGCCACCACCCUGGUAACAAGCCGAGUUGCCAACCCAGCCAACUACUCCCAGGAGACAGUCUUCGAUGUGAUCCUACCAGAUGAAGCCUUCAUUUCAAACUUUACACUUGAGAUAGAUGGCAAAAUUUAUCCAGGGAUUGUGAAGGACAAAGAUGAAGCAAAGAAGGACUAUGAAAAAGCAAAGAAGAAAGGACAGACAACUGGGCUUGUCAGCCAAAAGCCGAGGGACACAAGAAAGUUCAAGGUUAAAGUAACAGUAGCUGCCUUUAGUAAAUCUACAUUCAAUUUAACCUAUCAGGAACUACUUAAGAGGGUAAAAGGAGCGUAUGAACACAAAAUAUUUGUAAGCCCAGGGUACCCUGUUGAUGAUAUGCAGAUCAGCGUAGCAAUCCUGGAAUCACGUGAUCUGACAAAAGUAUUGGUUCCCCCAAUAAGAGCACUAAAUGAGUUACUCUCACAAGACAAAGAACAAAAAGAAAAUGCAUUGGCAGUGAUUACAAGACCUUCAUCAAAGAGUGCAUACAUUACAUAUUCACCGACAGCAGACGAUCAGAGUACCGGGGGAGUGUCUGGACAAUUUAUUGUGCAGUAUGAUAUCGGCAGGUCAUUGGACGGUGGAGAUAUACUGGUUGUAAAUGGAUACUUUGUGCAUUUCCUUGCCCCAGAUGUACAAACAGUCAUCCCUAAAGACGUCCUGUUCAUUCUUGACGUCAGUGGUUCUAUGGGCGGACGGAAAAUAGAGCAACUUAAGGAUGCGAUGUAUGUAGUUUUAGAUGAACUGCAAGAAGGAGACAGGUUUAAUAUAAUAACAUUUAGCGGCGACAUACGUUCUUACAUGCCCGAGAUGAUUGAUGUGACAAGGGAGGAAAUUUUAAAAGCCAAAGAAUUCACACAGACUAUCAGAGCUAGUGGUUGGACUGACAUAAAUGGAGCUGUAUUGAGAGGCAUUGAUCUCCUGAAAAUAUCGAAGCAGGAAGGAGAACGCUCUCCAGUUGUCGUGUUUCUGACAGACGGACAUCCGUCCUCAGGAGUACAAAAUCCAUUACAAAUACUUAGAAACAUAGACAGCGCUAAUGAAGGUGAGAUACCUAUAUUCAGCUUAGCAUUUGGCAGUGAUGCGGACUGGAACCUAGUUAAGAAAAUGGCCAUUCAAAAUGACGGCGUAGGAAGAAAGAUAUACGAGGAUUCGGAUUCAGACUUACAAAUAAGUGGGUUCUACGACGAGCUGGCAGUUACUUUACUCAAUAAUGUCUCUGUGAAAUAUCUUGGCGACGCAGUAGAUGAUGAGACCUUGACUAAGUCGGAGUUCAAGAACUAUUUCAAAGGUUCGGAACUCGUGGUAGCUGGCAGACUGGCGGACGCCGAGACUCCUACUGUUGACCUUGAAAUUUUCAGCAACAGCAAAGAUGGAGCUUUAAUAUUAACCGUUGACAAGGACGCAAAUUUCAUAGAUGUGCCAGAUACUGGAAAUUUGAUGGAACUUACGGAUUUCCAAGAAAUAACGGAGAAAACCUGGGCGUAUCUCACAAUUAAACAACUGCUCCACAAAGCUGAGGGAGAACUAAACCAGACUGCUGUUGACGCCAUGAAAAGUAGAGCAAAACAGUUAUCUUUGCAGUAUGGCUUUGUAACGCCGUUGACUUCAAUGGUAGUGACAAAACCGGAAGUUGCUCCAGACAAGCCAAUAACUCCAAAAGAAGAUGCCACCGCUUCGGAUGGUAGCAAAACUCCGCCUGCCUCUCCACUUACUGGUUCCUCUAGCAAACUCCGAGCUGGGAAUAAGCCGAAAUACAGUGCUGACAACGACCCUCAUUUUAUAGUAAACAUGAAAGGUCUGGAUGACGCCAUUUGUUUUGACGUCAUGGGAGAGGAAGGUGACGUUUAUAGACUGGUAACCGACAUUUAUACUGGUUUGACAGUAGAUGGAAAAGUUGUUGCUAACAAAAUGGUUGCAAAGAAAGCCAAAAUGACACACUACUCGAAGACAGGCGAAAUAAAAACAUUCUUUGGCGAGAUCAGUAUAAAAAGAAGGCGAUUUGAGAUCAUCGUGACCCCCACGAAAAUCACGCUGAUGUCUGAAACAACUGACUGGUUGAAUGAUACCACAUUAAAUUUUGGUGACACACAAGUAGUUGUAGAUAAAGCUGGUACAAUGGUUGUGGUGGAGUUUGAUGACGAAGUUACCUUUCUUAUUAUGAGGCAUCUGAAGUCCGGGUCAUUACUUCGCGCGGGAAAGGUCAAUUUCCUCGGCUUGUAUAUUGUGGAGCAUAAAGGCCUUUCCGAUCAUACACAUGGACUGUUAGGUCAGUUUUUACACAGGACCGUGCAUUUAAAGAAAACAAAGAAUCGAAAAGGAAAGUUUAUGGGUCAGUUACGAGUUAGUGGCAAUACACAAAGACCACGGAAACUGAUGGCAACCUUAGGCCAUCGGUUAAACCUUGCUACAAAUAAAACUGUCUCAUGUUGGAUGGUCCAGCAUAAUGGCGGCGCUCUUCUUGAUGGAAAAAUCACAGAUUACUUGAUUAAAUGAAAAUAAGUUGACAAAUCGGACCAACAAAUUUCAAUAUCAAAAUAUUGGACAAAACAUUGAAUGAAAAAUAUAGCAGAUUAAGCGCCUAGAUAUGAUUAAUGUUUUUAUUUUAUGCUUACUAAUGAAAUACUGUAUUCUAUCAGUUAAAUAUUUUCAUAUCUCAUCACUCACACUGUGAAAAUAUGAAAUCUAUAUUUUCACACUGUGAGAGAUAUAGCUCCGCCCCCUCGUGUAUUGUGUAUAAAUCUUAAAUCAUUUGCUUAAAACAGGAUGAAAAUUGUAGUCGCACUUUGUACUUUAUAGUAUAUUUCUCGAUUCAAAUUAUUUUACUUAUAAUGAAAAUUUCAUAACGUUAUGCAACUAAAAAUAAAAUAAAAUGGAACUUUAUGUUGUGUGCGUCUUUCUAACGUCACAACAAGGCUGACGUCAUGCCUGUUUACGCGCGUCUGUUUCCCGCGCUGAGAUUAAAAUUUGUUGCAAAUGCAUAUCUCAACGUAAUUAAUAAGCAUAAAAUAAAAAGAAAAUUUAUUUGUUUUUCGAGAAUAUGGAAUAUAUCUCACCUCGAAGUGAGAAAUUUUUCACUUUUUCACUCGCGCUACGCGCUCGUGAAAAUAUUUGAAAUGUUCUCACUUCUCAGUGAGAUAUAUUCCAUAUUCACUCAAAUCAAACAAAUAUCCUCUAUAUAUUGCGAUCUUUCAUACAAAAACAACACACGGAUAAACAAGAAAAGAUUACGUAAAGUGGUAGUAACGUUUUUCGUAGAAUGCUAUUUCAUCUGCGGAAUUCGUGCAUAAAUGUAAAAACACUUAUUGUUCGAAGACAUCGAACAUAAUGAUAUAUUGCGUGACUGUUGAUGAUUUUGUAUUUCUGUAUCUUGCCAUGAUGUUUUGCUCUAUUUAAAAAGAAAAUCUCA